UAUCAGCUGCGCGAAACGUGACCAGUGUCACGGGAACGAGCGUGGUGCGUGUUGUUACGAGUCUCUCUCGUCGAUUUUCGUUUCAUUUACAGUGAAUUUCCAGAACGAGCGAUUAGCCCUCAUAGCACCAACGUUAGAGCCGCUUCGGGCUCUUCCAAUUCAACUCUCUCGGACGUCCAGGUUGUCGGGAAGUAACGGUGAAUCCUACGAGUUCAACAUGGGGCGCACGGUGACCGUCGCCGUUUGCACGUUGAAUCAAUGGGCGAUGGACUUCGAUGGGAACACCAGAAGGAUCUUACAGAGCAUACAAGAAGCAAAGGAUGCCGGCGCUACUUACCGAAGCGGUCCAGAGCUCGAGAUCUGCGGUUACAGCUGCGAGGACCACUUUUACGAAUCGGAUACGUUGCUCCAUAGCUGGGAGGUCCUGGCGAACCUGCUGAGAUCCAGCGUCUGCGAGGACAUGCUGAUAGACGUGGGCAUGCCGGUGAUGCACAAGAACGUCACGUACAAUUGCCGGGUGGCCUUCCUGAACCGACGCAUUCUUCUGAUCAGACCGAAGAUGCGGCUCUGCGAGGAUGGCAAUUACAGGGAGAGCAGAUGGUUCUCACCGUGGACGAAAGAACGCACGGUCGAGGAUUACUUCCUGCCACGAAUGAUAUCGCAGAUUACCAGUCAGAACGUGGUGCCGUUCGGCGACGCGGUAAUCGCGACCAGGGACACGUGCAUUGGCUUUGAGAUAUGCGAGGAGCUCUGGCAUCCGGCCAGCAAUCAUAUCCCGAUGUCGCUGGACGGCGUAGAGAUUAUCGCGAAUGGGAGCGGUUCGUACUUCGAGCUGCGUAAAGCCUACGUAACCGUGGAUCUCGUCAAAUCGGCCACCUUUAAAGCCGGCGGCUGUUACAUGUUUAGUAACUUGCGCGGAUGCGACGGUGGUAGGCUCUACUUCAACGGUGGCUCCAGCAUCACGCUGAAUGGCAACAUAUUAAAUCGUGGGAGACAAUUUGCUCUCGAGGACGUGGAAGUGACCAUCGCCACGUUCGAUCUUGAGGAUAUUCGGAAUUACCGGAACGGCAUCAGAUCGCGGUCGCACGCGGCGGCUGCAACACCGAGUUACCCGCGUGUGAAGGUCGACUUCGCACUCACCCCGGAGAAUCUUAUCUCGAAUCCGCCGGACCGGCCGCUCGACGGGCCCCAGGACAUAUACGAGGAUGAUGACGGACACUCGAGACUCGUUUAUCACAUCCCGGAAGAAGAGAUUGCGAUGGCACCCGCGUGUUGGCUGUGGGAUUAUUUAAGACGGUCGUGUCAAGGCGGAUUCUUCUUACCGCUGAGCGGCGGCGUCGAUUCGUCGUCUUCAGCGUGCAUUGUGUACUCCAUGUGUGAAAUGAUUGUCGAGUCGGUCGGCAAGGGAGACACGCAGGUGCUGGCGGAUAUCAGGAAAAUCGUCGGCGACUGCGAAUACACGCCGGUCGACCCGAAACAGCUCUGCAACACCAUCUUGUUCACGUGCUACAUGGGAACGGAGAACUCGUCGGCGGAGACGAAGGCCAGGGCGGCGGAACUGGCCAGUCAGAUUGGCUCGUAUCAUCACAGCAUAGUCAUAGACACCGCGAUAUCCGCGAUUCUGGGGAUCUUCCAGCAAGUCACGAAGCUGACUCCGAGGUUCAGGAUACAGGGCGGAUCGCCCAGGGAGAACCUGGCCUUGCAGAACGUGCAGGCUCGGUUACGAAUGGUGAUUGCUUACUUGUUCGCUCAAUUGAUGCUAUGGGUCAAAGGUCGGCCGGGUGGCCUCCUAGUACUUGGUAGUGGUAAUGUAGACGAGGCGUUACGAGGCUACCUCACGAAAUACGAUUGCAGCAGCGCCGACAUAAACCCGAUCGGUGGCAUCGCGAAGAAUGAUCUGAAGAAGUUUCUCCUGUAUUUUAGACGCAAACAUGGGAUAUCCUCGUUGGACGGUAUCUUAGACGCUCCGCCUACCGCGGAAUUGGAGCCGUUGCAAGCCGGACAGCUCGCGCAGCUGGACGAAGUGGACAUGGGUAUGACAUACAACGAACUGUCGAUCUUUGGACGACUGAGGAAGCAGAAUUGCGCUGGACCCUUCACUAUGUUCUGCAGACUGGUGCAUAUGUGGGAUCACUGCACACCGAAAGAGGUGGCCGAUAAGGUGAAACACUUUUACAGGUGUUACGCCAUACAUCGUCACAAAAUGACGAUACUGACUCCGUCCUGCCACGCGGAAACGUACAGCCCCGACGACAAUCGGUUCGAUCAUCGUCCAUUCCUCUAUAAUCAUACAUGGAAGUGGCAGUUCGCGGCGAUUGACGAACAGGUGAAACGACUCAGCAGCGAAGAGAAAUCGUCCAGGCCGCACAAGGAUGCUCCAAAAGUGCCCGCCAAACCCAGAUACAUGCCGUUUAGCUCCGUAAUCAGUAAUAAGACGCAUCCCGGAGUAGUAGUUUAACCGUAGCAGUAGCACUCUCUUUAUCAUUUUGACAUUGCAGCGCUGCGUGGUAAACUAAACGGCGGCAACGGACGUGUUCGGUAGCCGAUCCAUUUGCGUUCGGUCCGCUCGAUCGAUCGACUAUUAAUCGUCGAGCGAUCUUUUGCGACUGUGACGUUAAUGUCCAAGGAGCUUCCGCGAGCAAUGCGUUCUCAUGUAAGAUAUGCUUCCUAUAGGCAAAGUUGUGUGAAACAUGACAAAUUAAUUUGUUGAAUAAAGCAUUGGAAAAAA